AUGCCUCGUGAGAAUAUACCACAAUCAGCAAUGAAGAAACUUGAACAAUUCUUCACCAAAACACUUGAUACAAAUAAUGAUGGUCUUGUUAAUUGGACUGAUUUUGAAGCUGCUAUUGAGUCUAUUGUAUCAAAAGAUGAAGCUGCAAAAAAUGCUCGAUUAAAAGUUCUACGUAAACGUCUUGAACAACAUUUUCAAAAGUAUUUUUGGGAUUUAUGUGCUGUUGGUGAUGCAAAUAAAGAUGGAAAUAUUGAUUUAGAUGAAUGGCUUGAUGUUAUGAAUGAUAUCAUUGGUGGUUUAAAGGAUAAAAAUGAAUUUCCUGAAUGGUAUGAAGGAUUACACAAAGCUCUUUUUCGUGCUAAUGAAUUUUUAGACGAACGAGCUGUAUCAAAAGAUGAAUUUGCUAAUAUGCUUAUUUCAUGGGAUAUUGAUGAAACAAGUGCUGAAAAAGCUUAUGACUUCAUAACUGAACAUGGCAAAAAACGCAUGGAUUAUAAUCUCUUUUCGGAAUUUAUGAAGAAAUUCUUUCUUAAUGAAAUACCGAAACAUCCAUUAAAUCUUGGCCUUGAUUAA